AUGGCACGUAUGUGCAUAGCUAAUGAGGCUCUCGCUAACUCCCCACAAGCUCUUGAGGAACUCAUCAAAUAUCUAAGCCUUCCUGACUUGGACUCCCUCUACUUCGUCACCGAAACUGAUCUCUUGAACUACUCUCAACUACAUCCUCUUGACCUACCUACCCGUGUCAAGUUCCAACAAGCUCUCAGACACUAA